CAUCUGGUGGUGUCAGAAGAGUACAAAACACUACGGUAAGAAUUAAAAAUGGCGGCAAACACAAGGGAUAAUUCAAGUGGCAGCUCCAAACACAAACCUCGACAAGAGCGUUUUUCUGUGCAAACAGCAUUGGAGCAAUUUUGGCUAAAUGAUGGAGACAACUCAGAUUUGGAAGACUUGUCUGACAACGAUGAUCCCAUCCUGGAUGCCAAUUACCAACCCCGAACACAGGAACGAAGCAGCAGUGAGGAUGAGGAUGACAGUAGUGAUGAUGAGGACCCCAUUCCUCAGCCCACUGAGCACAGCAGAGGACGUAAACGUCUCCGUGGUGCAAAUAAUGGAGCCUGUCCAUGCAGACAAUAUCUGCCAAUGAAGCCAAACCCAGUUGGCAUCAAGAACUUCGUUUGUGCUACAGCAGAUGGCAUUGUGCUGGACUUUGAUCUGUAUCAAGGUACAGGUGCACUGCUUGAGCAGGUCGAAGAAGAGGUGGGCCUGGGGUUGGGGGGCUUAGUCUUGGCUCGUCUGUGUCAAACUCUGCAUCGUGGCACAAAAGUGUAUUGUGACCGGUUCUUCACAAGCAUCCGAGGUGUGGAACAAAUGAUGAAGAAGGAGAUGUACAUUACUGGUACAAUAAUGAAGAACAGACUCGCUGGCGCGAAGGAGAAGCUACCCUCUGACAAAACCAUGAAAAACACAGGAAGAGGUACCUCAUCAGAACUUUCCACUGAAGACGGAAAGUUGUGUGUAGUGAAGUGGUAUGACAACAAACCAGUAUUGAUGAUGUCUGUUGUUCAUGGCACAGAGCCUGAAGACACCUGCCAGCGCUGGGACAAGAAAUUGAAACAGUAUGUGACUGUCUCGCGACCAAGCAUUGUCCGUGAGUACAACCUCAAGAUGGGUGGAGUGGAUUUGAUCGAUAGAAUGAUUAGCUACUAUCGCAUGAGCGCCCGUACUAAGAAGUGGACGAUGCGGAUGCUAAUGCACUUCACAGAUCUGGCUUUAGGUAACAGCUGGCUACUCUACCGCAAAGACCUCGCAAUAUGUGCUGCACCAAAGAAGAGCAUCAUGCAGUUCCUUGAGUUCCGUACAGAAAUUGCUACGACCCUCUUGGCCCAGCAUCACGGUCAAGGAAGCCAUGCAGACCUCUCUGAACAGUCAGAGGAAGAAGACAACUCAAAUCAAGGGAACAAACGUCCUGUGACGGCAGUGCCCCAUGUCUCGGUCCGCAGGAGGGCGAAUGCCCAUCUCCCAGAGAUGAUCAGCCUGAAGAACGCGACGCGCUGCAGGGUAGCAGGCUGCACUGGAAGAACCCGAGUGCGUUGUGUGACCUGCAAAGUGUUCUUGUGCUUGCAAGGCGAUCGCAACUGUUACACAGCCUUUCACACAUAG